AUAAACAAUUACAAACUAUUCGCGGCUUUUUUUUCGAGAGCAAUAAAAGUAGAGUUGCGCCUUAGUCUUUAUGGAAAUGUAAUUCGAUAGUUCGAUGCUUUGUUUGUGUUACUGCAAUUUGCUGAUAAUGAGACAUGCCUAAGCCUAAAAAUGUACUCGAUAGGUUUAUACAUGUAUCGAUAUAACUAUCGCAAAGCAUCGAUGCUUAUAUAGUUCCAUCUUUGGGCGCAGUUUAUUGUUUUGCAACACUUUUUUCAGUCUAGCUUCGUAUUACACUUUUCCACGGGUUUUCGUGUGUUUUUCGUUGAGAAUCAGAAUAAAAACGAAAAUUAAGUGAAUUGUGUAGUACAUCAAAGUUAUUUGAAGUUAGACGUGCUGAGUUGUAUGUCCACCGUGUCUAAAUUAGUGUAAACAUUAAAAUGGCGAACGUAAGGGACAGCGACACAUCACUGUGGCUGCAUAAUAAACUGGGCACAUCAAACGAUUCGUGGAUAAAUGGUUCAAUAUGCUCGCAGCUAAACAAGGAGGUUUUGCGCAACAUCAAGGAAUGUUUUCCCGACUUGCAAACACAGGUCAAACUAAAAUUGCUGCUCAGCUUUUUGCAUAUUCCGCGCCGUAUGGUGGAGGAGUGGAAAGCUGAGUUGGAGGAAGUCAUUGAAGUGGCGGGUCUUGAUACAGAAUUAUGGGUAUCCAUGCUGGCAGAGACGAUGAAAACUUUUCCAGCGACCAGUUCGCUAAAUACAGAAAUAUCUGAUUAUGAGGACACACGGCCAAUAUUUACAGACAUGGUCAACGAUCUGCGUAAAUUAGUCACCAAGCAUUCGGAUCUGGGCAUGUUGCCACUGGAAUGUCAAUACCUAAACAAAAAUGCGCUUAUGUCAGUUGUUGGUCAGCAGCCAGCACCAGUGAAGCAUUUUACGUUGAAGCGCAAGCCCAAGAGCGCACAGCUACGCACGGAGCUCUUACACAAAUCAGCGGACGCGCAGUCCUCGCUUAAGAAAACCUCAGCACCCACUAUACCGCUGCGUUCCCGUGGCAUGCCACGUAAAAUGACAGACACAACGCCGCUUAAGGGCAUACCGUCACGCAUGCCCACAACAGGUUUUCGUUCGCCCACUGUGCCCGGCAGUGCCCAACGUCCCAAUCUCAGUCGCACGCCUGCCGGCCGCAAGGAUGGCGGCAUUAAAAUACUCGACAUUACAGAGCAGCCUUUGGGCUAUGCAGCGGCUAAAAAAAGGAAGCGCGAACAGCAGCUGGAGGAGCAGCAAAAGAAACAGGAACAAAAGCAACAAGCAGCCGCUGCCGCAGCCGCCGCAGCUGCCGUUAACAACUCUAGCAGCGGCGAAAGUCCGACUCCGGAUUCUGGCGUGGCUGCCUGUGAUGGUGAAACACCCACUACGCCCACUUCGGGUAAUAACAGUUUCGAAAUAAAAUUGGAGCCAAAUCUAAAUCAAAGUACAGGCAGUGCAGAUGAGCCUAUGGAUGAAAGCUUCAAGACACCAGAGCUGGCUACCAAAACGUUGCCAACUAAUACGCCUGAGACGCCUGAAUAUGCAGCAACAACGCUGCAGUUUGCAAAUACUACGGCAACGACACCCACACGAUCGACAGUCAAGGCGGAGGGCAAAGUCAAGACACCAAAGUCGGCGGGCAAGAUUAACAACAAUAAUAAUAACAAUAACAACAACAAUACCUAUCAUCAAACGCCAAAGCGCAUUAAGCAAGAAAUUGAAAUCAAGAGCGAAGAGAUCAUUGUGCCAGCCAAUAUAAAACUGGAAAAGAUUGAGCCCAGUACGCAAACAACGCCCACGCGUGGCACACAGCCACAGGCAACUACGCCCACAUCAACUGGCCAGCAGCGCAUCAUUAUACAGCAACAGCCAGCGCAGCGUUUGCUUAUACGCAGCACGCCACAAAAGCGUGCAGCAGCCACUGCUGCUGCUGCUGCCGCCGCGGCUGCUGGAACAACCACAACGGUUGGUAAUACUACAAUCAAAAUGGAGAAGUUGGACAUUAAGCCCAUGCUGCGGCCAACAACUAGUGCGAGUGCCAGCAGCACCACCACAACAACUAUAUUGACGCCGCAACAGCUUCGUCAGGCUGCCAGUCCUUUGGCCAAUUUGCCCAACAAUAUUUCGGUAAAGAUAACAUCUGCCAAGGCAAAGGCGGCUGCAGCAGCGGCCGCAACCAGUGGCAGUGGCACCAACAAUACAGGUGCAACCACAUCACAGCAGCAACAGCCUCAACAACAUCCCAUAUUGAUAAAUAACUCCACGCCUGUUAUACUGGCCUCAACGCCCAGCGCACAGCGUGCGAAAACGUUACUGGCUGCGACCAGUAGCAGCAGCAGCACCACUACCACCACCACAAUACCAUCACAGGCUAUAAAAACAAUGCCAUUGAGUCAGUUGAAAACAGCAGCCAACAGUGGACCUGUGAUUAUCUCACAGACCAUUAUACAGCCAGCCAAGCGCGCCCAACAGCAGCAGCAGCAACAACAACAACAGCAGCAGCAACAACAGGCUGGCACUUCAGCAGCCGCGGCAGCCCAACAACAGCAGCAGCAACAACAACAACAACAGCAGCAGCAGCACCAGUUGUUGUCAGUGGGUUCACAGCCGCAAACCACACAAUAUAUUAUAGCUGCACCACAACAACAACAGCAGCAGCAGCAGCAGCAGCAGCAACAACAACAACCCGCGCUACCCACGCUUACCUCCUUUACCCAGCCACGUGUAGCAGCGCAGACUACAACGCUUUACCAGAGCACCGCAGCCGCUGGCAGCUCUCAGACACCAACCAAAAUACUGUUAAAGACGACAGGUGCACCAGGUGGUGUGGUCAUGACCUCAUUGCGUCAACCCGGCACUACAGUAGUUGGCAGCAAUCCGCCGCCAUUGGUGGCCACCACUGCCGCUGUUGGUGCGGGACAGCAUACACUCAACAUACAGAACGUGCAAUUACCCAAUCGACCAGUUACCAUACAGCCGGCUUCGCAGGCUGCACAGCAGCAGCAUAUGCAGGCGCAGCUGCAGCAGCAACAUCCGCAACACACUAUAGUGGCCAAUACGACGGCGACGCAGCAGCCGAAGUUGUCGCAGGUUAUAAUGCAGCCUGGCGGCAACAUCUCGGGCAGCGCAUUGAAUGUCUCACCUACGUCUGGCAAAAACAAGACCAUUAUACUCACCCAAAAAGGUGUUAUAUUACGUAAUAUUGGAGGCGAUAUGUAUCAGCAGAUACCCAUAAGUAAUGUAGGCGGCUUGUCUGGCAUUGGCACUGGCGCUACCUUGAUGACCACAACUGCGGCAGGUCCGCCUGGUCUGGUUAAAACAACAUCAUCAACGAGCGCCCAGCCACACACUAUACAACUGCAACAGCAUCAGCAGCAGGGCACGCAAGGCGGCAAGCAAAUGAUGCCCACAUUGAUACCUACCAAUCCCAUAGCUGGUCAGCAUGUCAUAGUUCAGCAACAGACGCCCAACAGCGUAAUCGGCAACUCCUCACAGCAGACUAUUAUACGACCGGUGAUGACAUCGCUGCCGCAAGGACUCACGCUUAUACAGCGUCCCGGUCAGCAGCCACAACUUGUGCAGGUGCAGGCGACGCCGAACAAUACGCAGCGCACGAUUAUAACACAAUCGCCGCAGCAAGGACGUCAACAGCCGCAGCAACAGAUUCUGUUGCAGCAUAAGCCGGCAUUGCAGCAGCGUUUGGUUACUUCCACCAACACAGCGGCCUCCCAGUUGCAGCAGAGCGGCAAUGCCAGCAUUUCACGCACCGUUCAGCUGCAGGUUACUCAGCAACAGUCGAACCAACAACAGCAGCAGCAGCAGCAGACGGCAACAACCACAACUCAACAGCAAGCACAGCAGACACAACAGGCGCCACAACGACGAGGACUUUCGCUUUCUAACGAACACGUCCACAAGGCGCAUGAGAUGUUCCGCAAGGCGAAUCGAGUCUCGCGACCAGAUAAGGCUCUCAUUUUAGGCUUUAUGGCCGGACUGCGUGAGAAUCCACGACCGAAUACUGACAAUGUCUUGGUCAUCAAGCUGGGCGAAUCAGAGGAAAAAGUGCAGCAGGAAGAUGGCAACACGGCACUUUGCCUGGUGGAGUCUCAUAUUCGUUUGGACUACAACACCGGCGAGUGGAAGACAUUCCAGAACUACAGGCUGAUGGAUCAGAGUGCGGCCUCAUAGUCCACAAGGGUCAUACGCAUAGUGCGCAAGCAGCCCUAAGUGCUGGCUGACUUAUGUGCCACUGUGUGUAUCCCUGGCUGCUGGCUCUGAACGCUGCGACAUGUCGUCAUUGCAAUGGCCAAGUGAAUGGGCCAGCAAACGCUUCGCUUAUUAGGCUACUAACCCUUCUCUAAAGCUGCAAGAAUGCUGGAGUAAAUUUAAUGAACUACAUAAUAAUUAACGUAAAUUAGCUGUACAGUUGUUAGUAUAUAGUAAAUGCUAGCGCUUAAAACGUUUAGUAAUCAUGCCACAAACACACUUACACUCACACUCACACUCAUACACAGUCGCAUGCAUACAUUCACCUAUGACUGCACGCUUGAGUAGAGCGCGGAAGAUGAAACAAUGUAUUGAAAAGUCGCAGCAUAGGGAAUGGCAAUAGAUCAUUUACACACAUACAGCGAUGUAUAUGCAUAUACUAAUAUAUGUAUAUGCACAUUUAAAUGCAGAUAUAUAAUGUAAUUAGCUGUCAAGUAACUAAAUGUAUAAUUAAUUAGCAAGAAGCAUAAUAAUAUUUUGGAGCCACAAGAAAAAAGAAUGAAAAGGAAAAAC